UAGACGGAGCAUGUUCCAUUGUAGGAUCUCUUCUGAAAGAGUGCCGUAAUCGUUAGAGGUGCACGUCGUUAAAUGUGUAAUUUAGUCAAAGUUGGUUAGAAAGCUGUAGCCGCCAGUGUUUUUAUAGUUCGGAGUUGCAGAUAGGUUGUUGUCGUACGCGCAGAAGCGACGGCUGGUUACAGGGACGAACUGCGGCGGUCUCACCGAAGGAAUUCCUGCAUCAGCGGCAGCUCAUCCACCUUGCUGCACCGCUAGCACAGGAGCUAGCCAGUGUAAGCGGAGACUGACGGCGCCAGUCUGCCGGAGAUAUAUACGAAUAUGUCUUCAACCUAUGGGAGCGAUCGUGUUUUUAUAUAACUUGCAAGUCGGCAUCAAAACAUCAGGGGCUGUUAAAUUUACGCUGUAGCCACUUAGCCAAGGUAGCUCGCUAGCUAACGUUGCCAGAAUUGUCUUUCAUAAAAGGGCAACGGGUGAACAGGAGACUAAGUGUCCCACCUGACGCUGUUUGUUUUUUGUUGGCGCUCCUUUUCUUAAUCGUUGAGGUUAAAGCAGGCACAUCGUUACAAGUACAGAAUGAAUGGGUUCAGCACAGAGGAAGAUAGCCACGACGGACCGCCUGCUCCGCCGUUUUACGGUCAGAGCUGCUGCCUGAUCGAGGACGGAGAACGCUGCGGCCGGUCUGCUGGAAACGCCUCCUUCAGCAAGAGAAUCCAGAAGAGCAUAUCACAGAAGAAGCUCAAACUGGACAUCGACAAGAGUGUGCGACAUCUCUACAUCUGUGACUUUCACAAGAAUUUCAUUCAGAGUGUUCGCAACAAGAGGAAGAGGAAGACCAGCGAUGAUGGAGGGGAAUCCCCAGAUCAUGAUGUGGAGGUGCCCGAGGUGGACCUUUUCCAGCUGCAAGUGAACACGUUGAGACGCUACAAGCGACACUACAAGCUCCAGACCAGGCCCGGCCUCAACAAGGCCCAGCUGGCAGAGACGGUGAGCCGUCACUUCCGGAAUAUUCCGGUGAACGAGAAGGAGACGCUGACCUACUUUAUUUACAUGGUGAAGAGCAGCAAGAGCCGCUUGGACCAGAAAGGGGACGGUGGCAAACCGCUGGACUAAACUUCCCCCACAACAAUCACAGCGGCAGCUACAACCACCACAACAACAACAACUGUAGCUACAGACAAAACCCGGACUUGAGUAACAGCUCCUCUGCACCCUCCUACUCCCCUCUGAGAACAGGACACGAACUGCUGUUGUCCUUAAAGGACUCAAAAUAGAAAUCCAGGGUGAGAUGAGUUCAUUUUGGCUUUUUGGCCCUCUUCUCAGAAAUGCAAUCUCUCCCUUUUGACUUGGCCCUCUCCAAGGUAUUCCCUGAUUUACGAAAGCCAGGACCAUAAAGACUGCUGAUUACAAGGACUCACUCUGCAGAGUUUUAUGUCGUCAUACUGUAACACAACUGUGUCUAUAUGUACAAAAGAACAGCGUCCGACUCAAGCGACUUAGCUGAAUGCAGUAUCCUGCCUUAAGAGUCAAAAAGAUAACAAAACAACUUUUGGUAAUUUUGGUUUUCUUUGCCAAGUUGACUGUUAAACACGCUCACAGUGAGGAAUGCUUGUGCCAAACGGGACUGCGAGAUGGAGCUGAAUGAUGCGACGAUAAGUGGGAUUUUUCCUUCUUUCUUCAUACGUGACUGUUGGAAAAGAAAUGCCACCCUGGUCUGAAGUCACAUGCAGAACAUUAAGGCUCAGGUUCACUCUUUAAAAGCUGCAAAUGGUGAAGAUAAUGAUUAUAAAUGAUGUGUAAAACAUUAAAGGAAGAAGAACCGAGUAAGGAUGUGAUGCAUUGUGACUCAGUCUUCUAUUUGU